AUGACCAACUUCAGGGAGAUCCUGAAAGAGAUCGGGGAGUUCAACUUAUUCCAGAAGCGACUCCUGGGUGCGUUAUGCAUGUCCAGUAUGUUCGCGGGUUUUGAUGUGAUAGGCCUGGUGUUUCUAAGCAUGAGCUACCCACAUCACUGCAACACCGACUGGAUCUUGGAGCGCGGGCCUAACCUGACAGCUGACAGAAUAAAAAAUCUGACUACUCCCGUGAACAAGGAUGGGACGUUUGACAGCUGUGAGAUGUUCACUCCUGUGGAUUUGGAUUUGGCAGCCAUUGAAACAUAUGGGCUCAACACCACAACAGCGUGUAUCAGUGGAUCUGUUUUUGAGGAAACCCAAGGUGCCUCCACCAUCGUGACAGAGUUUGACCUGGUGUGUGAUAGAAGUGAUUUAAUUGAGAUGUCCCAGUCCAUCUACAUGGCUGGACGCCUGAUUGGACCGUUGGUUUGGGGAGUGUUGGCCGACAGGUUCGGUCGACGCUUCGUGGUCCUGCUGUCGAUCCUCCUGCUGCUGAUAUGUGGAGUUGGUGUCGCUCUCUCUCCCAACAUCUACGUUUACAUUGCUUUAAAAUUUGUGUGUAGUUUCUCAGUUGCAGGAGUUCUUUCAAAUGGAUUUGUCAUAGGUGGAGAAUGGACCGAUUCCUCCAAAUUUGCUUUCUUCGCCACCAUCUGCCACCUUUUUUUCCCUAUUGGAAUGAUGGUGAUGGCCGCUGUGGCCUAUUUCAUCCGUAACUGGAGGAUCCUGCAGUUGGUGCUCUUCUGCCCUCUCUUCCUUCUCCUGGGAAUCUUUUAUUGGAUCCUCCCAGAGUCAGCUCGCUGGCUCCUUACCCAGGGCAAGAAGAAGCAGGCCAUUAAAGAGAUCCAGAGGGCAGCCAAGGUCAAUAAGAGGAACAUCUCAAAAGACCUCUUAAACAAGCUGGAUUGUCAAUGUUCAUCAAAAGGAGGGAGAAUGUUGGACUUCAUUGAAAUAUCAUAUCUGAGAAAAUGUGUGGUCAUAAUGAGCUUGGUCGGCUUUGGAGCUUGUCUGAUGUACUAUGGACUCAGCCUGAACGUUGGCAACUUUGGCCUGGAUAUCUAUCUGACCCAGUUCAUCUUUGGAUUGGCAGAGCUUCCUGCACGUCUGGCCUGUUUGCCACUUACAGAGCGCUUUGGAAGGAGAAUAUGUCAAACCGCUUACCUACUAUUCGGAGGUGCUGCUUGUCUUGCCAUCCUUGCUGUUCCUGCAGACCUUCCUGUACUGAUUACAGUCAUAGCUGUACUGGGGAAAUUUGCUGCCACUGCCUCUUUCUUCCAAGUCUAUCUCUAUUCUGCAGAACUGUAUCCUACAGUACUGAGGCAAAAGGGUGUAGGUCUGAACGGCAUGUUCAUUGGCGUCGCGGGCAUCCUCGCUCCACUGAUCUGGCUCCUGGACAUCUACCACUUCACCAUCCCCAUGCUGAUCUACGGCGGCGUCGCCAUUGUAGCUGGACUUCUGUGUCUGCUACUACCUGAGACCCGCUAUGUUGAAAUCCAGGACCAUACAGAAGUCACAAAACCUAAGAGUGGAACUGACAUGAAGGAAGAAUCACGGAAUGGAACAAGACUGUUAAUUACAAAGGUUUGAGGAUGUUGUGCUU